AUGCCUCCUUCCUCUAAAUUGAAGUAUGGGCAAAUCAUUGAGUACAUUCCAGACCGAUUGUACUUAGCAUCUUACACUACACCUCCUUCGUCUGAUACUCUCUUCCCUUACCCUGAACAACAGAGCUCUCGACGAUCUCCGACAAAGCGGUCAGCAAGAGCUGCAGAAGGACCUUCAGUCGUUUCAGACAAAAAUCAAAAACCACCUCAUUAUUUCUCCGUCGAUGACACCCUUCUAUAUAAUGCCUUUCAUCAUGACUUCGGACCAUUACACAUUGGACAUCUUUACAGAUUUGCGGUUCAAUUCCACGACAUCCUUGGCGCCCCGGAAAACAAAAACAGACCUGUGGUAUUCUGGAGUAAAGCGGAUGCGCGCAGUCGAGCCAACGCUGCAUGUCUCUUAGCCACGUAUAUGGUCUUGAUCCAAUCGUGGGCACCACAUCUCGCGCUUGCGCCAAUCGCCCAAGCAGACCCACCUUUGAUGCCUUUCCGCGAUGCAGGAUACAGUCAAGCAGACUAUGGUAUUACGGUUCAAGACGUUGUAUACGGUGUCUGGCGCGCAAAGGAACAAGGAUUUUGCGCUCUGCCGCAAUUCGAUCUCGAGGAGUAUGAAAGAUAUGAGCGUGUGGAUCAGGGUGACUUUAAUUGGUUGACUCCCGACUUCCUGGCCUUCGCUUCUCCACAGCAUCACCCAGUGCAACCAAUACUUUCUUCUUCUCCACUAUAUUCGACUUUGCCAACAACUUUGGAAGAUGUGGAUACCCACCCAACCUUACCCACACCUUUCAAGAAUGUUUUGAAACAUUUUACAUCACGGAACAUUGGCUUAGUGGUUCGUUUGAACUCGGAAUUAUACUCUCCAUCUUAUUUCACGGCCCUGGGUAUUGAGCAUUUGGAUAUGAUCUUUGAUGAUGGCACGUGUCCACCACUUAGUGUUGUCCGAAAAUUCAUUACUUUAGCACAUGAGAUGAUUACUGUUCAGAAGAGAGGAAUUGCUGUGCAUUGCAAAGCUGGACUUGGACGAACAGGAUGUCUAAUUGGGGCAUAUUUGAUCUACCGAUAUGGUUUCACGGCCAACGAGAUCAUCGCGUACAUGCGCUUCAUGAGACCUGGAAUGGUUGUUGGUCCUCAACAACAUUGGCUCCAUCUCAACCAGGGGACUUUCCGAGAGUGGUGGAUUGAAGAGCAAUUUGAGUUGAAGAUGAAGGAGAAGCUCGCCAAGAUUGCCCCAAUCACACCAAGAAAGGGUCAUUUCUCAACCAAAAGUCAAAUUGUUACUCCUCCCAAUGCCAAUCAAAGAACCCCACUUGGCGAAGUGGACAAUGAGAGAAGUCAUAGCAUUGGAGCUCAAGAGGAUUACUUGCCUGCACCAACACCAGGUCAACCAAGAAAGACAAGCAGAAUUGAUCGCCACCAUCCAUAUGGACGUCAUGCUUCAGCUUACAGUUCCACGGAAGACGAUAAUACACAUCGUGAAACAGAAGUGAUCUCUAUCCAUCGAUCAUCGACUGAUACUACCGAAUCUGAGGAAGAUUGGCAAGUUCGCGUGCGUACUAGCCGUAAAGCAUCCCGAUCCCCAACCCGAAGCGAGAGGUCAGGAAGAUCGAUAAGCCAAACUACUACAACAAUCUAUUCAUCUAUCGAUGACAGUAGCUAUGAUGUUGAGAAUAUUAGUUCGGGAGCUCGACCUAAAACACCUUCUACCAUCAAAUCCGGUAGCGGCUCACUUGUAAAAGUUCGUGGCAGCCCGAAACGCAGUGGUGACAGUCUUCGAAAUAAAGAAACUACUGGAGCAGUUCGCAAAACCAGCGGGAGAGUUGGCAGUAUCAGCACUCGCAAAGUCUCCGGCUUGUAA